CAUAUGUCCUGUCAACUUUGAAGUUUAUCCUAAUGCUAUUAUAACCAUUGAUUCACACACCUAUACAGCAGCAAACUGCCAGUCAAGCUUCCACCUAUAGAAGGGUAAAAAUACUUUCUCAAGAGGAAUGAAAGCUUUAUCGAGAUUACUCAGAGCAGUUAAGAUUCUGUAACUGACCAAGGGCAUGAAAGUGGAAGGCGGUGUUUGGGCAGAAAAAGGGAAAGAGGUGAAGCAGGAUUACCAAUUGCAAUUAAACCAGCUGAUAAACUUGGAGUUAGAGCCAGCAGAGAUGAGUGGGCCCGAGGUUGCUAAGACGCCGGGGGGCGGUGCCCCGGGAAAGGAGGGCAAGGAGCCGGUGGCCAACGGGCACUCGGAGGGCGAGUCCAACCCCUUCGCCGAGUACAUGUGGAUGGAGAACGAGGAGGAGUACAAUCGGCAGGUGGAGGAGGAGCUGCUGGAGCAGGAGUUUCUGGAGCGCUGUUUCCAGGAGAUGCUGGAGGAGGAGGACCAGGACUGGUUCAUCCCAGCGCGGGACCUGCCGGGUGUCUCGGUGGGCCAGAUCCAGCAGCAGCUCAACGGCCUGUCCGUCAGCGACAACAACGCCGAGGACAUCGCGGAAAGAGGAUGAACCCCUUGUUGUAUUAUUAGAGUUGGAGUCCCCAGACAGCACAGCUGCAGCCAUCACAACUUCAGAAGAGAGGAGAUUAAGAAAAGGGAAAUAAAUUUAUAAUAAAUGGGAGCUUGAGGGUCUGCGAGUCUUUUCCUGAUUAAUGUUUUUUGGUGUGAUUGCUAUCCUUCCCCUGAAAAUAGUGGUUGGGAUGAUAAGGUUGUUUCGGUGCAGCAUUAACAUUGUGGUGUAAUUUCGAUACAGUGGUGAGAGAAGACUGUCAGGUGCGUGCGUGCGUGCGUGCAAGCGUCAGUGCGUCAGGAUGAGUGGAGGAGCCUCCUGAUUGGUUUGGCUGAGCCCCUCAGGGGAAAUCGUCCAAACACACGGCCCUGAAAAGCUGCUGUCUCCAGGGACUGCUUCGCGCAUCUCAGAAAAACGCAGGGGGGAAAAAACUCUUGAGAUGGGCAGGGAAAAAAAGCUCGAAGUGGUGAUGCAAUGUACAGUUUGAUGGAGUACAGUUGGAUAAUAGCUAGUUUACAGGAAUGAGAUGCAUACAUCCUUGUCUGAAGUCCGAGUGACUGACUAUGGAACGUGAUGGAAUAAAGAAGCCCACAAACAGUGGUGAUAUGCCCCCAAUAAUCGAUAUUUAGCUGAAACACUAAAGCUACUGUAUCUAGUAGGGCUGCUCAAUUAUGAGAAAAAUCAAUAUGAUUAUUUCAGUCAAUAUUGAUAUUACGAUUUCUUUUUAAACUAUAUUUCUUUUUAAACGAUAUUUCUUUUUAAGACAAAUAUUUGUGCUAAACUAUUCACAAUCUUCCGUGCCUCCAGCACUGUGAGGGAAGGGCCAUUAGAGAAACACACAGGGGUGUUCUGCAUGAGUGUUGGGUAUCAAAUCUGCUCUGUGCUUGCCAUGGCUCAAGUGGAGGGGAAUGUAUUGUGCUUAGCGUAACCUACCUUUUAGCAGUAUAGAUAGAUAAAUUACAAAAAUAUUGUUUCAACUCGAUAUUACGAAAUGUUAUAUUGUUUGACAGCAAUAUUGAUAUCACAAUAUAAAAUCGUUGUAUUGCACAGCCCUAAUCUCUAGUAAUAUAGGGUAGGCCUGAAUUCGAAACUCCAAUGAAUUUAAAUGUCAGAGUAAGAUCAGACCAUCUCCCACCCUCCACAGAAGACGGAUUCCUCUUAGCUUUCGCCAGACUGUUUGACGGAGUCAACAGUCGGCUUUCGCCCAGGCUUAGUCUUCAUACCAAUAUUCAUUCUUUCAUGGCAAAGUGGGUCUGAUCAGAUUUAGGACCGCAUGUUCUCAAGAUCUGGCCCCUGUUCAUCAAUUCAUCAGUUUUAUGACAUCAGACACUUGUUUCGAAACACCAAGAGCAAGUCAUAUUUUAAAGUGCAUUACGUCUGAGCUCAGAGCACACAAGUGAGAACAGUUUAGUGCGGUGGCGUGUGUCCCAUGUUUGCUGGAAAGCAUCCAGUCCAAAGUGGCUUGGUUUAGGGGUGAGGUCAAAAAAACUGCAUGCCUUUGGCAUAUCUCUGGGAUCUGCUGUACUCCAUGUUGUGAUUGUACUUUUUUUUUUGUCAGUGGCCACAGAUUACAUUGCAUUUGGCAGACGCCUUAUAACCAAAGCGACUUUCAAAAGAAGACCUAAUUAAGCCAACAUCACAAGCAAAUACAAAGUGCACAGGAAAUAUACAGAACAACAAGUGCA